AUGAAGCUUGUGGCAGGAUGUAACAUGGAGAGUGCUCUCUUAGAUGCUUCAGCUAAGAAUCUUGACAAACAAAGAAUGAAACAAGAACAGUUGUUUGAUGGCUUGCCUUCCAAGGUAAGUCGCAGAUGGGACACAAAUGGACGGCCAAUUUCAAGUUCUUCCCACUAUGAGAAGCAUCAAAUGUGUGCUAUCUGCUUAAAAGGAAACAGUUGUCGAACAGUUCGUACACGAACAAAGCAGAUGGGUACUCUAAUUGAUGAAAAUAAACCUCAUGAAGCGCAAACAUUGUUUGAUUGCUUGGUAGAAGAGGGCCAUAAACCUUCUUUGGUAACAUAUACAACUCUGUUAACUGCUCUGACAGAUCAGCGAAAGUUUAAGUCCAUUCCUUCACUUAUCUCUCAGGUAGAAAACAGUGGCUUGAAACCCGACUCAAUUUUCUUCAAUGCCAUUAUAAAUGCAUUUUCCGAAGCUGGAAAGAUCAAUGAGGCUAUCAAAAUCUUCUGGAAGAUGAAGGAAAGUGGAUGUAGACCAACAACCAGCACUUUCAACACUCUUAUAAAAGGAUAUGGCAUCAUAGGCAAGCCUGAAGAAUCACAAACACUUUUGGAUAUGAUGUCUCGCGAGGAAAAUGCAAGACCUAGUCAGAAAACAUACAAUAUACUCAUCAAAGCAUGGUGCGAUAAGCAAAAUCUGACUGAAGCUUGGAAUGUGGUUCAUAAGAUGCGUGCCUCUGGCAUUCAGCCUGAUGUUGUUACAUAUAACACCAUCGCAAGAGCUUAUACCAAAAAUGGGGAAACAAAGAGAGCUGAAGAGCUAAUUUUGGAGAUGCAGAUGAGGUUGCGUCCGAAUGAACGCACUUGGGUCAUUAUUCUUGGUGGCUAUUGUAAAGAAGGAAAUAUGAAAGAUGCAUUGAGGUGUGUGAAUGAAAUGAAGGCUGUUGGUAUUAGGCCAAAUAUUGUUGUUUUCAAUACUUUGAUCAAAGGAUUUUUAGAUAACCAGGACAUGGCUGGGUCAGAUGAAGUUUUGACAUUAAUGGAAGAACUUGGGGUCAGGCCAGAUCUUGUAACAUAUAGCCAUCUAAUGAAUGCUUGGAGUGCAAUGGGACUCAUGACAAGAUGCAUGGAAAUCUUCAAUAAGAUAGUUGAAGCAGGAAUCAAACCAGAUGCUCAAGUAUAUAGCAUACUUGCUAAAGGUUAUGUUCGGGCACGGGAACCUGCUAAAGCUGAGGCCCUUCUGGUGACUAUGAAUGAACUGGGAAUCCAGGCAAAUGUUGUGACCUUCACAACAAUCAUCAGUGGUUGGUGCAGUGCAGCAAACAUGGAAAAUGCAAUGAGAGUCUAUUCAAUGAUGUCUGAGUCUGGUGUUUCCCCUAAUAUCAAGACCUUUGAAACACUUAUAUGGGGAUAUGGUGAAUUGAAACAACCAUGGAAAGCAGAAGAACUGCUACAAACAAUGAAAGAAACUGGAGUAAGGCCUAGGAAAAACUGCAUUCGCCUGGUUGCCGAAGCCUGGAGAGCUGUUGGGCUGCAGAAUGAAGCAAAUAGAGUACUGGAUUCUAUAAACGAUAGUCAUAGAAGCUCUCAACCAGAUGAUUCAUGUAUUCUUUUGGAGCGAACAGAUGAAGUUAAUCAAGGACAAGUUUAUGGUUCAGUGAACUCAAACCUGCUACGAGUAACCAAUGGUUCAGCAACCCAUGGGAUUAGAAAGGGGUUACGAUGUACUGAACCGAGUUCUGCGACCAUCCAAAUUGCCACUAAAUCUGCAUUAAUCAGCCCCUCCAGAUUUGGAGUUAAGAGCCCAGUCAUGUGCUGGAAACAAUCCCUGCUACAACCCGGAAUUUAUGGCCAGGUUAUGAAUUCAUGCAGGGCUGUGUUCCUACAGUGA